GUUCGCAGUCAUGUGGAGGCGUAGAAAUCCUCGCGAUGAUGAUGUCAUGAUCGUCGAAACUUCUAAACCCCGCUCGACCGGAGCGUUACUACCAACUCCUCAAGCGAAAACCUUUCGUACGAAGUACGCAGUUUACGUGGAUAAUGCCCCUCAAGAUUGUCGGGACCACGAACUCAAAGACUUUUUCGGUUGCUGGGGGGCCGACACCGUUCGCAAAGAAGAAGUUGAUGGCAAGUAUACAGUCCUCUUCGAUUCCGAGCAUGAUGCACAACGUCUCCUUGACAAACGCAGAUUGAACAUGGGCGGCAUUGAAGUGGAAGUUCGUGCGACUCUGCCAAAACCUCCACUGCUAAUGGAAGCACCUGUUAGGAGAACGGAGAAUGCGAGAGGAUCGAAACCCGUCGCGGGCCUAUCCCUGGACCCGGUGCGUUUUUCAAUUACCGAGAGCCAUCGUAGAAAAGAAAUUGUGCCCAUGGAUGUGGUUAUGAGCGACGCUUCCGACAAUUCGAAUGAUCGGCGCACGUCUCAGGCGGAAAUGGUUAUGUAUCCGCCUUCGUUUGACCGUGAACGAGGAAGUGUGAACGAGGAGCUCAAGAGGAAGCUGAAUAUGGCUGAAUCAGAAAUAAAAACCCUGAAGGAUUCCGUGAAGCAUCUCGAAGAGCGUAUCGAACGAGAAAAAGGCGAAAAGAGGGACAAAGAUGCUUACGUAGCGGAAAUCCGUCAAUCAAACUUGGACAUGGCGUCGAAAGUGAACCGCGUUAUUUCUUCGAUGGAAGAUUUGACUAGAAAACUUGCGAAUCUCGAAAGUGAGAACGCUCAGCUUCGAAAUGAAAAAGAAAGAAUAUUGGAGGACAAGCAAAAAUUGAAUCGUGAGUUCCUUCGAUCGCGGAGUGAUCUCGAAGAUUUGGAAGAAAAGUACAACCGUUUGAAGAAGGAGAAACUGAGCAUGGGUCAAUUGAGCUCGGAAAAUGAUGAGUUGAGGCGGGUGAUCGAUAAAUUCGAACCUGGAUUCUUCUCAACAGGAAAUGUAGAAGCCGGAAGAUCAACGGGGGACGAAAUGAUGGAGCGUCGCAAGGGCGAUCAUAGAAGUAACGAAGAGGAUCAUUACACCCGACGCAAUCGUCGCGACGAAGGUGCUGAUCGAAUGCAGAAUUUGGAUGAUCGCCGUGUGUCUCGUGUUCAGGAAUUUCAGAAUGAUCGUCCUGAUCAGUAUCAUUCUUUGGAGGAAGAUGAGCGGAAGAAAGCUCUGCGCGAAACCAUUGAGCAGUUGACUGCAGUGAAAGCAGCUCUGAUAUCAGGGGAUACAAACGUUCCUUCAUUAUUGGAGAUUGACCUCACUGCCCCGUCCCUUUCUGACGAAGACUCGUUCCCCCGACGGUCCGAGCAGGGUCAUGAGGCAAUAAUCAACGACGAGGUCAAGCGAAACAACGAAACCGAUCGCCUCCGGGAAAGCACGAGGAUCCCAGAUUCCAGAAUCAAGAACGUGGGCGGCAAACGUUCCGUGGACGCCGACCUUUCGGAUCGUCCGGAAGAUCACGUGCCGGUGGAUUCAGGGGUAGACCUCGUGGACGUGGUUUCGACCUUGGAAAGACAAAUUUUUGACUUCCUGGGUUACAUGUGGCUUCCGAUUCUAUUGAAUUUCGUGCACGCUGUAUUCACAAUCGUCGGGUUCUUCGGAGCGUACCAGAAUCGCCGCCCGUAUUUGAUAACGUAUUUGGUGUGGUGUAUCUUGUGGAUUUCGUGGAGUUCAUUCGUCAUUUGCUUGUAUAUGGAAGUAGGAAGUCUGACUGAAGAGGUGGACAUUCUUAGUCUCGGAACUGGAUCAUACAGUUGGUGGCAAACUCAUGGCUUUGGUUGUCGCCCUAUCUUCUCUACCAAUGGCACGCUUUUGUCUCAGAAUGACACAGAUCUGACAGAUCACGAUGCCCAUUCUGCUAUACUUUAUCGACCACUGAAGCCUAUUCGUGUGGAAGAUUGUCUUCUUGAACAUCGUUAUGUGGAAGCACUGCAUGCCGUAAUCCAAAUCGCCCUAAUUGUUCUUGCAUUCCCUCUGGCUGUGUGGCUUGUUCGACACCUCUCUGACGAUGACGAUGGUUGUGAGUGCAACAUUUUUAUUUCUUUCUUGGAGCAGUUUUAGGGCGUGGAAUUUGAUUUUUUUUACGUUUCGUAACUGAUGGGCUGGGGUUCUACGAAUUUACCUUCUCGCUGUCCUUUUCUUCCUGCGUCUAAAUUGAAACUAUUUCUACCUAACAUUACCUUGGCUGCAAAACAAUGGCAGUCCAUUUCAUCGGAGGCUUCGGGCAAGGGAAUGCGUGCGACCAGGUUUCCCCGUCCCCGUGUCCGCCGCAUUAUCGAAUCCACGCUCGCACACCAACCCAGCCGCAACUUGAACGUUCGUGGUGGCCUCCAACGACAACAACCACUAUUGACGCUUCAGAAGCUGACGUUUGGAGAACUUCGGACGUGAUCAAUGGAUACGCAAACUUGGUUCGAUCGGGGAAUUAUCCGAGUAAGAGCAAAUGCGGGUUUUUAUGCCAAGGCGGAUACUCGGUAUCUGGUCACUUGCCGCCAACUGUGCACCCGAUGUAUAACCGCUAUUUACCAGUCAGAAUUGUGGCUCAGGAACGCACUUAUUUGUGAUUCCGUUAUUCUUUUUUUUUUUUUCUUUGUGGUGUCACAUUCUGAAAGUUGUUCUGUUUUCUGGAGCGGUAGCGACGGCAGAAUUCGUGAGUGACUUGAGCUUGUGUUGAAAUCACAGAAUUUUUUGUACCCACACAUCACGUUGGUUCGUCAGAGGUUCCGGCGAUUUGAUUGUAUAGAACGGCACGUUUCGCUGACUAUCCUAUUGUAAUGUGGAGAUCUGUCUUCAGUCGUCAAACUGAAUCUCCGACUUUUCCUGAUCGACGUUUAACUAGUUGAAAUCGCUCGUUACAUCUCGAGAGAAAGGUUUUUUGGAGCAUUUGGGGAACCAAGUUGAGUCUAUGUUGACCUCGAUUUGAGUGACGUUAGUUCUCUUGAUAACGAGUUCCUUUGAAGUUGAUGCUACUUUUUAUGCUACAGUAUCAAGUUCACUCGACAUAUAAGCGUAAAACACUUCUCACAUCCAGUUGUCUUGCGAAAAAAAGCAGUUCCGUUUUUUUUAAAAUUGAGUUUUCGAAGUUAUGUCUGAUACGGAUUUAUCUUCUUCGAUGUUCCGAUCAGUGUUUCCGAUUUAUUUUUGGAUUGAUGUGGUGCACAAAGUAUUACGGGAAGUCGUCAUAGGACAAACCCAAGGUAGUCAUGGCGUGUGUACCCAAAAGGUCCUGCUUUCAAAGACUUCCUGCACAUGGGAAUCGCUUCCAAAGCUUUAUUCCUUCCUGCUCUUCUUUACUGGGUGAUUGAAAUGAUUAUUUUGAGAGUUCUCUCGUGAGAGCCGGUAAAAAAGAUAGGCGAGAAAUGUUUGGUGCUGUGAGUGUGAAAGCUUUGGAUCUCAGAGCGAGGUGUCAUCGGGGCUGAACUCUCGAUGAAUCGCUCCAUGCUUUGUUCGUAAAACGCAGUAAUAAAACUUGAAGCUCACUGGUUCGAGACUACGAUUUCCUUGCUUGCCUUGCCGUUUGUUUCCUAUACUUCUUUUCCUUUGCAUGCGGGUAGUUGUGUGCAUGGUUCACAUUUCUAUUAGGGUUUUCAAUUAUUUUUAAUCGUUGCUUUUUCUGAAAAAAAAAAUAAGGCGGAGUGAAAGGUUCCUCGAGGGCCGAGUCCAUUUACUCAAUCCAGUACAGCACGAAUGUGACAACGGAUGGGAUGCGGAGAACUUCCACCCCUGAAAUGACAACAUUGAGUCGUGACCAUUUGAAUCAACAAUAUGAAAGCUUUAAUGAACCGAUGACUCCACGACGAGUGAAGCGUCGAUCUCUGACUAGAAAUUCUGGGAGAAGUUCGCGAGGUUCGAAGCGUAACGGUAACGCUGCCGCAGCGGCGGCGAGAGCAGGAAAUAGGUCUUCAACACGUUCCACACGUUCUGCUCGCGCUCGUCGGAUGGCCGAACGAAGCGUUCAGCAGCCAACUUACCGCAAUCCCGUGAACCGCCUCAUGUCCAUGGAUCCCGCCCUCGACUCCUCUACAUCCAACGACGAAGCGUACCGACACAUGAACAACCUCACUUUCCACGGGCACGUGAAUCCUACGUACGCGAGCUCGCGACCGGGCUCAGUCACGUCCUUCUCCACGGCUGCGGGUGCAAAUACGAUGCCUUUGAUGCCCAUGCCGCCGAUCACUUCUUCAAUGUACGGGUUUGAGCGCGACACGCCGACACCACCUCCGCCGCCGCCGCCGCUCCACAGCGCCGUUUCCGGACUCGCGCAUGGCAACGGACUGUCUAGUUUUGAUCACAGACCCAAGUCUGCCAUGUCGGCUUACUCCAACUACCACGCACACCGACAGCCGUAUGGAGUGAUAAACUCGCUUUAUUCGGCUAGAAAUGGGGUUGGGGCUCGUGGCCAGGUGCCGAAGCGGGAGGAUGCGCCGAACUUUGACCCGGGAGGUGGAAAUGGAAGUUGCCUCCUCCCACUGCCCAUGGACUCCAACUCUACCACUAAUUCUUCCGUCCAGGCCAUCGCUUAUCCGCAAGCUGUGCCUCCGCCGCCUGUGAGACCGAGUUCUCGGGUGGGGAACCUGAAUCACAACCAUCGACCCUAUCUGUUCGCCGUUAAUUCGGAAACGGUAAUCUGAUCGGCGUGAAUCCGGUUUGGGAAGUAAGCGAGAGAGGCUCGAAGCAUUUACGGAAAGCUCCUUCAUCAAUUUUGAAUUAAUGCACCUGUCUGUAUUUCAUUCAAAUAUUUUGGAUAACGGCAUUUUUUUACGCGUCUUGCUAAGAAAGGGCGAUUCUAACUUGAAUAUUUUUCUUUUCGUGUAUCUUCCUGACGUACCUCCGUUGGGAGUAGAGAUUGCUUUUAGAGCUUACUGUUGAGGCCUGGAGAAUGAGCGGCAGAAGUGCGUUUAUGUUCUGAUAAUUUUUGGUCAUUGAGUCGUCUGUUCCUAUAAUCCAACGUAUUGUAUUAAUCUUUAAAAUCAGGUGUUUGAUAAAAAAAAAGUACAAAACGAACUGUUUCUGCGUGAUGCUGUCCUGAGUAGCUGGUUGAAUUAUUGAAUUUUCUGUGGUCAAAACUGGAUCAGUGAGCUGUCGUGUUAAUAUUUUUUCCGCGUGACAAAUUUUUUGAUUUUGUCUUUCGAAAGGAGAUUCUAUAUCAAGUAAUUUUUAGGUAUGUCGUGAUCGUGCCUUUUGUGAAGUCAAGAAAUAAAUUAUGUUUUGCUUGGUGAAUUAGGAUUCAUGCUGCAGGCGGUGGAAAUUAUGUUGCGUUCACUCAGCUGUGAGCGAAGAGUUUCGAUGCUGGUAUUUUUUCGAUUAUGAAAACCCGUGUGUGGGUUGUUCAUUGAAAAUAUCCGUCUGUCACUGAAAUUACAUAUGCGAAAUUUUUUGCGGUAUUUAGGCGGUAGACGCAUAGAAUGUGUUGUAAUCGAGGAUCUCGACCUAAAAAUGGAAGGAAACGGAUUUUGUUGCGUUUUUUUUACACUUUUUACUGCUGGCAAGCAGCAGAAUGCACGCGUUUUUCGACGGAAAUUUUUUUAUUCGUUUGGUUUGGCCAUUGUGUAUAUUGAGGAACUUGUUCAGGGUACGCGGUGUGUUUCACUUUUUCCGUCCAGGCAUCGACUGAGAUCUUCGCUACUUGAAUGCUUUUAGCGGAAAUCGAAAACUUUCUUUCACCAAUUUCUUAUCUAUAUGGAAGUUUUGAAAUGAGUGUAUAAAUGGAAUUCCGGGAUAAUGACAA